AUGAUUAGAUUACCUUUGAGUGCUGUUGCCAAAACAGUGCCCACGAAUAGAAUAGCAUUGAGCUCGAAAAUAUGUAUAGGCAAACAUUUCAGCGUACUUCAGCGGAAUUUUUCAGGAAGUGGCGCACAGUACUUUAUCGAGGGCAAUGGGAAUGAUGCCGGAUUAUCAUUAAGUCCAAACAAGACCUCCAACUUCGUUGCCGAAAAUCAUAAACAUUCUGUCGGCCCCUCUGUUUUCGCGAAAGUUCAGCAGAAAAGGGGCUUGGCAACUUCGGCUUCCACUACCACACCUAAGGCUGCAAAAGAUGGAGAGCAAAAGAAACCAAAGGAGACAGUGCCAAAGCCAGAACCAGCAGCUGAUUCUGGGGCUGCGGGUGGAAGCAAAACGUUUGAACUCUCCAUUAUGAAAUCUUUAUUUGCAACUCUCUGGCCAAAGGAUAAACCGGCCUUCAAAAUAAGAGUACUUAUAGCAUUGGCGUUACUUAUAGGUUCCAAGUUAUUGAACGUUCAGGUUCCAUUUUUUUUCAAGUCUAUCAUAGACGAGAUGAACGUCGACUGGUCCACGCAAUUAGGUACUGUAGGUACUGUUAUUGGAUCUUUGAUUAUUGCAUAUGGUGGUGCUAGAUUUGGGGCUGUUUUAUUUGGUGAGUUAAGGAAUGCUGUGUUUGCUUCUGUUGCUCAACUGGCCAUAAGAAAAGUUGCUCAUGACACUUUUUUACAUUUGUUGAACAUGGACUUGAAUUUCCACUUAUCUAGACAAACUGGGGGCUUAACUAGGGCAAUUGAUAGAGGUACCAAGGGUAUUUCAUACGUUUUAAGUGCCAUGACUUUCCAUAUCAUCCCGAUUUCCUUCGAAAUUGCAAUGGUUUGUGGUAUUUUAACUUACAACUAUGGAUUUCAAUUUGCUGCUGUUACUUUUUCCACAAUGUUGGCCUAUCUGGUUUUCACGAUCAAGACUACUUCUUGGAGAACAAAAUUCAGGAGGCAAGCAAAUAAUGCCGAUAACCAGGCAGCGAACGUAGCUUUGGACUCAUUAAUAAACUAUGAACUGGUUAAAUAUUUUAAUAACGAAAACUUCCAGGCUACUAAAUAUAAUAAGGCUUUGACGACGUAUCAAAAUGCUAGUAUUAAAGUAGCAACAUCUUUGGCGUACUUAAAUGCCGGUCAAAAUUUAAUAUUCACUAGUGCAUUAACUGGGAUGAUGUAUAUGGGGUGUCAUGGGGUUGCCACUGGUUCUUUGAGUGUUGGGGAUUUGGUUUUGAUUAAUCAAUUAGUAUUCCAAUUAAGUGUUCCAUUAAAUUUCUUGGGAUCUGUAUACAGAGAAUUAAAGCAGAGUUUAUUAGAUAUGGAAAACUUGUUUCAAUUGCAGCAAGAGGAAAUCAAAAUUCAAGAUAUUCCCGGUGCAAAGUCAUUGGUUUUGGCUAACACUACUAGCCCUCAAAUAACUUUUGAGAACGUAUCCUUUGGUUAUCACCCAGAUCGUCCCAUUCUCAAAAAUGUCUCAUUUACUAUCCCUGCGGGUGAAAAGGUUGCUAUUGUAGGACCAUCAGGAUCUGGUAAAUCUACAGUUCUUCGUUUAAUAUUUAGAUUUUAUGACGUUGAUUCUGGUAGAAUUCUCAUUGAUGGACAAGAUAUUAAAAAAGUUAGCUUGGAAUCACUCAGAAGAGCCAUUGGGAUCGUUCCACAGGAGACCCCUCUUUUCAACGACACUAUCUUUGAAAAUAUAAGGUAUGGAAGGUUAGACGCAACUGAUGAGGAAAUCUACCGCGUGAUAGAUGCAGUUCAACUCAAUCAGUUAAUUAAAGACCUCCCAGAUGGUGUGAACACCAUAGUUGGAGAAAGAGGAAUGAUGAUUUCUGGAGGUGAAAAGCAAAGAUUGGCCAUUGCCAGGUUAUUGUUGAAAAGAGCACCAAUCACCUUCUUUGAUGAAGCCACCUCUGCCCUUGACACUCACACUGAACAAUCAUUAUUGAGAACCAUUAAAACAAUUUUUGCAAAGGAUUCCAAUACAAAUAUAUCCAUUGCUCAUAGAUUAAGGACUAUUGCUGAUUCAGAUAAAAUUAUUGUGUUGCAGAGUGGAAAUGUAAAGGAAGAAGGUACACAUAAUGAGUUAUUGGCUGAUCCAGAAAGUCUAUACUACGAAUUGUGGAAUAUUCAAGAGAGAUAUGAAGGAGAAAUAGAAACUACUCCUGAAAAGGAAAUUUAA